AAACCAGCGGCUCCGGCGCUCUCGGCCGAGGCAGCCCACAGUCUCUCGACUGUGACUCAAAUGAAAAUGCAGGCCUAGUCCUGGUAGCAGACGCGAAGCCGAGGCCAGGUUCGCCUCCUCCAAAACCGAGACAGACUGCGACCGAAAGCAAACGUCAAAGAGUAGCCCUGGCAUCUCAAGCAUGAAAUAAAUCUCAUGAUACCAAUGGAGCAUCAGGGCCGUAGACCUCUGAGGUUUUUCUCUGUGAGGUGAUUGGCUGGGGCGAUCCGUUAGUGGAGCGGGUGCCGAGGACUUUGCAAUAAAAGUACAGUCCCGCUUGUCACCCGGACACACAGCCGCUCACAGCAGCCUUCAUUUCACUGUCCCAUCAUGUCCUCAGACACUUCCACAGACUUGGAGCUGGAACUGGGUGAGUUGCUUCAGGAGUUCCAGGAUGUGGUGGAGGAACUGAAGGCCCCUUCUCAAAGCAAACCGCAUGCUUACCAGCGCGUGCUGCAGGAGGCCAAAAGUCGAACGGGGCUGGGGGACGACAGCGGAGUCGAGGACUCUGAUUAUAGCAGUGAAGCUUCUUUGGGAAACAGUUUGAACUCCAGCGAGGAGGAGCUUCACACAGCAGGCAUCACGCUGGCACCGAAAGCCAAACUGGGAGACACAAGGGAACUUGAGAGUUUUAUCGACAUGUUGGACCGGGAACUUGCUGAGAUGUGAAAAGAGAGAGAUAUCGAGCCACAUGGGGGGGUUGGGGAAACAGGCCGGGAGCGACAUGGCUGGCUACUGCCGAGCAGACAGGCAGAUCUACACCAGAGCAGAUCUGAGGGAGCAAAUGCUCCCCUGGCUGCUCCAGGGGAAAAGGUUAACAUCAGAAAUUAAAAGGGCACUCCCUUCCAAAAUGCAAGAACACCCUUAGACCCCUGGCGACGCCGCGUCCAGCCAGCAAGACGAUGUCCCUGCAGCAUUGGAUCCAAGAUGUGUGACAUAUUCCCGAAACUAGACAAAGCCUCCAUCUGUCCAGGCGUAUGAGAAAACGCUGCCUAGAGUAUAGAAAGCAUGUUUAUCCCACAUUUGAAAUUCCUGUAAGUACUAUGCCAGUAAGGGACCCUAAGUCCUCAGUGCCAUAGUUUUUUUUUAAAGGAGGCAGAUCUUUAUCUUGUCCAAAAUUACAGAUGGCACUUAAGUUUUAAACUAGUUUCAAGUCCAAGGGGUUCAAAUCUGCUGUGUAAUAUCAAGUGUCGUUUUUAUGCUGACGUUUCCAGUGUACAGUUUUUGUGAAUAUUCAUUUUUAAUAUAAAUUGUUGUACAGAUG